CAUUCCCUGUUGAAACUCUCUCUUCACUUGGAGCCCUCACUUCCGCGCCAUCCACAGCUCUCUGCUUGUGCGCCCACAGCGCCAUCCAUCGCUGCGCUGCUCUGCUCUGCUCAGCUCCACCAAAAUUUUCUCACUCUUUGCUGUUCCGUUGCUAGGGUUCUUCGAGCACUGGGUUCGCGGUUCGUAUCGCAUAUCAGUGCUCACAGAAAGUUAACUAAAUGGCAAUAAUACCUUCUGGAAGUACAUGGGUUGCUCAAUGGGGUAUUCGUCCUCAGACUAUGCUAAGGCCCUGUGCCAUGAAUAAGAUGCUCACAUCCCAAUGCUGUGUUACAAGCAAAAUAGGCCAUUUGGGGGCACCGAGUUCAAGCUUCUUCUCUCGGGAUUCCUUGAAUGCUCUAUUCUGUGCAGGCCCAUCUCAAACUUCACAUCGCAGUAGGGGAGCGAGAUUCAUAGUUAGAGCAGAUUCUGAUUUUUAUUCUGUUCUUGGGGUCUCAAGAAAUGCGAGUAAAUCAGAAAUCAAAAGCGCUUACCGGAAGCUUGCAAGAAGUUUUCACCCAGAUGUAAACAAAGAACCAGGGGCAGAAACAAAAUUCAAGGAAAUUAGCAAUGCAUAUGAGGUCUUGUCUGAUGAUGAAAAACGAUCACUAUAUGACAAAUAUGGAGAGGCUGGACUUAAAGGUGCUGGUAUGGGUAGUGGGGAUUUCAGCAAUCCGUUUGAUCUGUUUGAGUCACUAUUUGAGGGCAUGGGUGGUAUGGGUGGGAUGGGCGGAAUGGGGGGAAGAGGUUCUAGGAGUCGAGCGGUUGAUGGACAAGACGAAUAUUAUAAUCUUGUCUUGAACUUCAAGGAAGCAGUUUUUGGGGUCGAAAAGGAGAUUGAGAUUAGCCGGUUGGAGAGCUGCGGGACUUGCAAUGGUUCAGGUGCUAAACCAGGCACCAAGCCAUCCAGAUGCAGCACAUGUGGUGGGCAAGGUCAGGUUGUUCAAUCAGCGAGGACUCCUUUAGGUGUCUUCCAGCAGGUCAUGACAUGCUCUUCAUGUGGUGGGUCUGGGGAAACAUCCAUCCCCUGCAACACUUGCUCUGGGGAUAGUCGUGUGAGGAGGACGAAGCGGAUCAGUCUUAAAGUUCCAGCUGGUGUGGACUCUGGAAGCCGUUUAAGAGUCCGAAAUGAAGGUAAUGCUGGAAGGCGGGGCGGGUCUCCUGGUGACCUAUUUGUUAUUAUAGAAGUUAUCCCAGACCCUGUCCUCAAACGGGAUGAUACCAACAUUUUGUACACCUGCAAGGUGUCGUAUAUUGAUGCAAUUUUGGGGACUUCAAUUAAGGUUCCAACAGUUGACGGCAUGGUUGAUUUGAAGAUUCCAGCUGGGACCCAACCAAACACGACCCUUGUGAUGGCCAAGAAAGGUGUUCCUCUUUUAAACAAGAGCAACAUGAGAGGUGAUCAGCUGGUCCGUGUGCAGGUUGAAAUCCCAAAGAGAUUGAGCAAUGAUGAGAAGAAGCUUAUCGAGGAACUUGCGAGUCUAAGCAAGGGCAAGGCCACAAGCCGGAGAUAAUUUUUUUGUGGUUCUUUGUUUCAUCCAUAUAGUGCUGACCCCGUCAGUUUACAUUCUUCUUUGUUGGUGCAUCUUUUUGGCCUUGAUGCGCAUUAUGGAAUUCAUCAAUUUUGAAUUAGUUUGGGAAGGGGAUCAUAUCUGUAGUCGUAGGUUAAAUUAUCUGGUGAUAGUGUGUCAGCUCUAGGGAGGGGACCUAAAGGAGGUACAAAAGAAAUAAGACAUCUUUUCUCAUAAUGUAUGCAUUUCAACUUGAUGUUAAUUGUUGCCUUAUUCUUUGGGAUCAAACAGAAAUCGUAUGAUAUAAUUGUCUUUUUUCUUCUUUU